AUGAGCAGCGAAAGGGCAGAUGAGGUCAUCAUCAACACUUGCUUCACCACCGUUCACACAGUGGGCUUGCACAAUGACGGCAGGCGCCUCCGCUUCAUGCAUAAGGACGGCAGGUUCCCCGUGGUCUUCCAAAAGGUGCCCAGGGAGUGGAGCCCGUACUUGCUGGACAUCUUCACCACUCUGGUGGAGAUCCGCUGGAGGGUGAUGCUCCUGGUUUUCUCGCUGUCCUACAUUGUCUCCUGGCUCUUUUUCGGCCUGUGCUACUGGUUCAUUGCGUUUGUACACGGCGACAACAGCGAGGCGGCCGGCGAUCCCUGCGUGGUGAACGUCUACGGCUUCACCUCAGCGUUUCUCUUCUCCAUGGAGACUCAGGCGACCAUCGGUUACGGCUUCAGGGGCAUGACAGAGACCUGCAUGGGGGCCAUCAUCGUGGUGACGGCUCAGGAUGUGUACAGCUGCCUCCUAGACACAAUUGUCAUUGGUAUUGUCAUCGCUAAAAUGGCGUCUGCUCGUAAGAGGGCUCAGACGGUUGGCUUCAGCAGGUUGGCGGUGGUCAACCUGCGGGACGGGGUGCUGUGUCUGUCUUGGCGCAUUGGGGACUUCAGAGGGAAUCACAUCUUGGAAGGCGUCGCCCGAGCUCAGCUCGUGCGCUACUCCAAACGAUUGGAAGGACCUGUGGCGAUAUCAUACCAGGAUCUGGACAUCCAGAACCGGGAUUUAGUCCUCGCCACGCCCGCCACGGUGGUACACAAGCUAGAACCAGGCAGCCCCCUCUACAACCUGAGCCCUGAUGACCUUUUAGAGGAUGACUUUGAACUCGUGGUGUCCUUCACCUACACAGGUGACUCCACAGGCAUGCUCCAUCAGACACGGACCUCCUACACGCCCGCGGACAUUCACUGGGGACAGCGUUUCCAGGACAUGCUGAAAGUGGGAAGGAAGCACUACAAGGUGGACUAUGCUCUGUUUAAUGAGACCACGUGGGUGACGACCCCCUUGCUUAGCGCGGAGCAGUAUGACGGGGGGAGGAGUCAGCAAGGCCUUUCGCGGUCAAUGCCGGUUAAGAGAGACUGCUGCUGUACAGAAGAGGUGAUGCAGCAAACAUAUUUUUAG